UCCGGAUGAGCAGAUUAACGGCUCUCUGCUUUCAGGACUCCACUUGCAGAAACAUCGCUGAGAAACAGACGCUGGAUGUGGCGCUCCUGAGCACCGAGGACGUCCAAACUACAACCAUCUUUCUCGGACGUCGUGGCCGUGAAUUAUCCGUUAUUUCGGUAGCAUUCAUGAAAUAGCCUGACAUCGUUGACGCGGUUAAAAAAAAAAGAUGAUUUCGCCGUGGGACCGGUGGUACUCGACGAGCUGCUGCCUUUGCUGCCAUGUACGGACUGGCACCAUUAUCCUGGGAAUAUGGUAUAUGCUCAUCAAUGCAGUGGUCCUACUCAUCUUGUUGUCGGCUCUCAAUGAUCCAAUUCAGUACCGCUACCACCUUACCAGCUCCGAGCUGGGAACCGACAUAGAUGUCAUGGACGAUGCAAAUAUCUGCAUAGCCACUGCAAUAUCCCUACUCAUGAUUCUUAUAUGUGGCAUGGCGACAUACGGUGCUUACAAGCAACAUGCUGCUUGGAUCAUUCCAUUCUUCUGCUACCAAAUCUUUGACUUUGCCCUUAACACACUGGUAGCCAUAAGUGUGGUGGUUUAUCCCAACACGGUCCAGGACUACCUCCAGCAGCUGCCGGGGACAUUCCCUUACAAAGAGGACAUCAUGUCCACCAACAACAUGUGCCUAGUUUUUGCAGUCCUCCUCUUCAUUGGCUGCAUCCUCUCCUUCAAGGCCUACCUGAUUGGCUGUGUGUGGAACUGCUACAGAUAUGUGAGCGGCAGGGGCACCACGGAGGUCCUGGUUUAUGUCACCACCAACGACACCACGGUUCCACUGCCGCCGUACGAGGAAGCUGUCGCCAUCCCACCCAAGGAGCCCCCACCCCAGUAUAUGGAGGCAUGAGAGAUGCCCUUGCUGGAUUAUAUACCCCCAACGCCCCCGCAGCGCCUACCACGUCUCCCUCCAACAGCAGGACCCCGACGCCGGCUGUUGAAAAACAAGAUGAAACAAUGUCUUAGAUGCUGGUAUCAGCUUGGAUUCCUGCCAACGUUAGAUUAGAUUACCCCGAGACAGUAUUGCCAUUAGCUCUGCCCCUCUCUCCGUCACCCUCGGCUGUCGUGACGUGUCGUCCUCCCUCUCGUUUCCUCUGUCCUCCUUCAAGGGCGGCAUCACAGCAACUUUCAGCCCUCCUCCCCCAACCAUCAACCAUCAUCCAUCCCCGACCCUCCCUCUGGGCAGCUGCUGUUCCCUGAAAGCUUCUAAACUCUUGCACGCCCCGAACGCUCUGACCCACCUUAACAUGCGCUUUUCUUUGAGGGGAAAAGUGCACGUCCAGUUUGGCCACCAACUGUUAACCCCCAAUACUGUGAAUCUCCCUUGUGGUCUUUGUCUAGAAACAAACUACCUGAAGAGGGAUCUAGCAACAGAGAGAGAAGGAAAGCGACAUACAUGGUCAGUUAUACAAGAGCACUUUUCUCAGAAAUUGACAGAUUUCCUUCAUUGAAUGUAAUGUCGGGGCAUUUUUGUAUGACUUUUUUGUAUAACAGUGAAAAUUGAGAGAAAAAGACACAAGUAGUGGAGAGGAAAAAAAAGGCUGUCCUGUUGUGAUAAAUAUCAUCUGUGUGCUGAUGGAGCUGGUCCCGCUGCGAAGCACACCGAAAAACGUUCCUCGACAAUAACGGCUACGUCUUCCUUUUGUAUCCACCGUCUGUAAACCCGUUACCCCUUUGACUGCCAGUGAACAAAACCUCAACUCCAAUCACAGUAUUCCAGUUUGCCUUCCUGUCCACUUUGUCUUUUUCAAGAUCUAAAGCGUUUAUGUGAUUAUCCAGUGAAGCACUUAUCACAGAUACAUUUUGACUGCAGAUUUAACACCCUGGAAGGCGACGCAUAAAGCGCGUAAAUGUGUGAAAGUGUUGACUUCUGUCGUGUUCCUGUUAUGGCCGCAACAGCAUCGACUGUGUCUUUAUUGUUUUGUUUUUUACGUGGAUCAUGGUGUACAAUCUGAUCUUUUAAGUUGAGCUAACUUAGCUGGACUGAGGGCAUUUUCCUAUAAAGACUGCGUGACAUGCUGCUGUACAUGCAGACACCGUGUGUGUGAGUGUGUGUGGUUGCCUGUAUGAUGUGACUCCUGCGUCCUUUAUGUGUAGUAACGUUUCUUUUUUUGCACAUACAUGAUAUCAUGAAGCGAUAUAUCCUGUGCUGGUGACCUUUUUGAAAUUAGCAGCGGAUGGAGCGUCGACUAGUAGCACAAAAUCAAUGUACACUACAUUAAGCUAGUUGAGCAGUGCUUGUUUUUUGCCUCAUAAUGUUUAGGCAAUCAGUGGAGCAUUGUGAGGAACAAUUAUGGAGCAAAUAACAUGUAAACUUAAUCCUGUUUUUCCAGAAAUUUCCCAGUAGUACUUGCUAUCAACAGAAAACCAUUAAAUCUGUUACCUUUUGUCAUCCAGACUAUGCAACAGUGCAUUCAUCAAUCCAUUAGACUUAGAAGUACAUGUGCCAGGAAGUAGUUCGAUCCCGUUUGAUACUAAUACUGUAGGUGAUAUGUAGCCAUUUGUCGGCCUCUCCUCCGUCAUUGUCCCCCUGUGUGAAUUAUGACCACUGCUUUUGCAAAUCCAACAAAGCUGAAAAUGAAAUUGCACUUUAAAGUCAGUGUGAGCUCACUGAAACCUGCUGUAUUCGUGUUGUUCAUCUUUACCUUGUCAUGAAGUAGAAAGUGGUUGUAGUACGAUCAGCCUCCCUUGUGUGGAUGAUAGAAGCUUCUAAAAAACAUUUGUCAUCAUGUAAUCAUUCUGAAAAGCCGCAGAGUACCGAUUUUUAUGUGGUUGGAGACUUUUAGCUGAGUCCUGCAGUUUUUUUGUUGUUGCUGUUGUUGUUCUGGACCAGUGGGGGAUGGCUGAUGAAUCAUUUUAUUUGUCACUUCAAGACUGUUCUCUCUCCUCUUGUUGGAUCUGCAUGAGCUCAUGUCUUCAAUUCUGAAUAAUUAAAAGAUCAAUCAAC